UUGCGACUCGCAAUUAAUUCCAAUAGAUGGCGCUGAAGCCGGAAAUUGCGGUUGUUAGUGGUACGUGAGAUAAAGCGGGCCUAGGCGAGCGAAGGCGUGCGCCGUGCGUGUGCAUGUACGUCGUGCCCAGUCGUGCCGCGCAAGAGGCAAGAGUGUGUGGAGCUUGCACGUACGAGACACGCGAGAGCGAACUAGGCGAAUUGGAAGGUGACAUGGAGACUCUCGAGUCGAGUCGCGUGUGCCGUCUGUGCGGUCAGCACUCCGGCAUCGCUAUCAACAUUUUUGACGAGAGUGAGAAUCAUGUCAGAAAAAUCAACGCCGUGCUUCCGAUUAUGGUGCACGAGAUGGAUCUACUGCCCAAGCAGAUGUGUCACCGUUGCAGCUACAAGCUGGAGGAGUUUCACAAGUUCUACGUGGACUGCCUGAAAACGGAUGCGGCGCUCAAGAGUCAGCUGUCGUGGAUGCGCAAGGGCCACGUCAGGGAGAAGAUCGGCGUACCUAUGGUGCACAUCGAGAAUGUGAAGAUCAAAGCCGAGCCACUCGAUUACGACGUGUACGAAUUGGAACCGUUGGUGGAGAAUAUCGACUACAUCAACUCGAUGAGCUCGAUGGCGUUUCCGGCUAAUGGCAUUCACGAUGGAUUAACGUACGCAACGUUCUCGCGCUGUCGAUGUUGCUGUGAUAAGCAGAACCAAAGCAGACCAAGAAGGAUGACUACGGCGAAACUUCGCCAAGAUUACGAGAGGCCAGUAUCCAAAGACGACGGCACGGUCGCAAACGGCUCGCGAAAGAGUAUAUUCAAGGAUAUUACCAAGAACACCACCAGAUUAAGACCAGUCAAGAGGAGUGUCUUCCCGCAAGUCCUGUUCCCGGAUUGCCCGCAGAAUCAUUUGCCGCACGUCGAUGCCGUUGGAGACACGCAAAGUUGCCUGACGAGCACUAGUUUAGACAUUAAAGACGACGUAUCGUUAGCAGGAACGCGAAAUCAUUCUUACGAUAAACUAAACGAGCUUCCUGAGGAUCGGGCGACCUCUGCAAGUACGAUAGUGCGGAAUCUGAGACCUAGGAAAAAUUUGGUGAAUUACGCAUUAAGUAGAAAGAGAACGUUGGGUGUUGUUGCUCAACAGCCAUCCACGGAGAACAAGUUGAAUAGUUUUGAUCCGAAAGCGGCAACAAAUUUCGAGCUGACACGGCAGAUCAAGGUGGAGCAGACGGACGAGUUCGAAGGACGCAGUCGCCUGAGACCGAGGAAAAAUGUGGAUUACCAAGAACCGAAGAAGAGGAAAGGAUCGGAGUAUCGCGUGAAGAGACGCAAGAUAGAUGACGUAGAACAACCGAGUUCGAGGCUGCACCCGAGAAAUGCAGACAUAUUGAACAACAUUGCAGAACUCAAGAUAAAGCAAGAGGUUCUGGACAAUUUAGAGGAUACGGUACUGGUUGAAACGACCGGCGCGAGAACCCGAUUACAAAAUAAAUUUGCAAGCAUCGGCAAUUUACAAGCGAAGAUCGAAACACCCGAGACCGAUGACAAUGCCUGUUUACGGAGAGACAUGAUGCGCUACUUCAAGUCGGAACGACCACGAUCUCGGGAGAAAUUCUUGUUGGCCAAGAAGAAAUCGUUGUCCAAUAUCUUGAAAAACAAGCUGGCGAGAACAAAAAAGACGAAUCAGUUUGCCGCAGAAAACUAUUCUCCGAAGUGCCUGAGAAGUCAGGAUACCUACCUGAGAAAUGGUAAGACGAGGAGAAAUGACUACGUGGAGUGGUCAGUGAAGAGGCUGCAGACGAGAAAACUGAUAGACGCGGUCAAUAAGCGUACGAAGGAAGUGCCAGCGAUGCUGAAGCUCGCCGAAAGCAUCAAGUAUUACUGCGAGGCGUGCAAUGUUAGUUUUAUGACCAAGGAACUGUACAGAUUACAUAAGUGUUAUUACGAAUUCUUGUGAAUUUUCGAACAAAGUUCAAACUAAGAUUAGGAUAACGGAUAUGAUGGUGCAUAAUAAUGCUAAAAUAAAAUAUGAAAUUAGUAAUUGAAAUGUUAGAAUUCGCAUUUCGAUGAUGCAUAGGGAAACAUAAGGAUUAAGGAUUCUUUCGACGAUUUCUCAUUUCUUAUGGAGUAUCUUGCUUGAGAUAAGAUGCACUCUGUUAAGUUCGUACAAGUUUAAGUUCCGUCAUUAUAAAAAUAAGGAGAUGUGGUUCAUAAAACGUGCCUCUUCAUGCAAAUUUAAUUAGAUUCUCUUUUUUUGUAAUAUUGAAACAACUUUCUUUUUUUAUUUUUAUUUUUAUUUCGUCAUGAAAUCGAUCAUUUUAUCAAGAUUUUGAUCAAGUAAAGAUAAAGUAAGCAAUGUUUUAUGUAAAUAUUGUUUAUAUAUGUUUGUUUAUAUAUAAUAUAUACUAUAUAUAAGUAUAUAUAUAUAUAUAUAUAAUAUUAUAUAUACAUUAUGAUCGUUGUUAUUACCUUGAUAUAUCAUUUAUUGUACACGAAGAUCUAUGCAUGCUUAUAUCUUGUUUGCAGAAUUACAUACGUUUAACAUUAUGACAAUUGUUGCAAUAUACGCUUAAGAUUUUAUGUAGGAAAAUUCACGAGUCGCCUUCAAAAAAAAAGUAGAUUUAGGAAUAUAGGUAGAUAUCUAUUUUAUGAAAGACCAGAGGUAUAUAUAUCGAUAUUUGAUGAGAAGAAUGUGAUAUGUGUAUAAAAAUAAUAAUUAAUUCUUGGAAUAAGUCUAUAUUGUGUAAAUCGAUCGGAUAUAAUUAAAAAUUACUACUUUAAAGUUUUGCAUCUUAACACAACCGAUAUUUUAGUGGUUACUCUAUCAUAGAAAUGCAAUAUUGUUUAAGAAUCAUUGAUAUAUAUUUUCUUUAUGCGUGAAUAUAUAAUUAUAAAAGUUCAAGAUUUAAAUUUACUUAUUAAUGUUAUAAUAAUACAAAUGUAUAAAUGGGUUAAAUAAUUAAUUACACUUUGUUCUCAAAUAUGUCAUUAUUACUAAUAUAAUAUAUUAUUACAUUAAAUUUGUAGUAAUUAAUGAUAUAAAGUGUAUUAAUUUAUAUAUUUUAUUUAUACAAUUUCCUAAUAUUGUUGCAAUAUUCUCCGAAUUAUAUCUGCUUAUACAUAAAUAUUAUUUAGAACAUCUAUCUUUCUCAUGUGAAUAAAUUGGUUAAUAAAUGUUAAAUUGUAUAUAUUCGUUAAUCAUAAUUAUAAUUGUGUAAUAUCUC